CAAGCACUCAACUCGCCAUCAUCCCAUCCGCACUCCACGUCCCACUCUCCACCCUUCGGACACGCCCAAACCGCGCCACUUGUGCACUAUAAAGGAAACGUUGACGGCGCCUCGCGAUCUGUGCAUUCUUUGUUCAACGUUUAAAGCACGCGCCACCCCUUGUUCCAAGAGUCGCAGAUUUCUGCGAACACUCCCGAUCGAUCGGCCCAGCCCACACAACCUUCCCUUGAGCCUCCACUCUGACAAGUCCGCUUCACCCUCCAUUUCACUACACAACUUUGCCUCGUCUCAUUCAAUUGUUUACAUUCGCCUCACCCAUUCUCUUUCUUUCCACUCACCAUGUCCCGCGACAACUCCCAGCUCAAGCGCGUCCUCGUCACCGGCGGUCUUGGAUACAUCGGCUCGCAUGUCGUCCUCUCCCUCCUCCUCUCGGGGCGCUACCUCCCCAUCGUCAUUGACAACUGUCACAAUGCCUUCCCCGAGGCCGUGAACCGCUGCGCCGAGAUUGCGCGUGACGAGAUGGGUGCCGACGCGCCUCAGCCCAUCUUCCACCAGGUCGACCUGCGCAACCCCGCCGACAUCGACGCCGUCUUCGAGAAGUAUCAAGCUGACGGCGGUAUCUGGGGUGUCGUCCACCUGGCUGCCUUGAAGGCUGUCGGCGAGUCGAGCGAGAUUCCCCUCGCAUACUACCAGGUCAACGUCGGCGGCUCAGUGUCGCUCCUCCAGUCCAUGGCCAAGUACGGGUGCAACUCCUUCGUCUUCUCCUCCUCGGCUACCGUGUACGGUACGCCCGAGAUUAUCCCCAUCCCCGAGACCUCGCGCGUGCAGGCCGAGUCUGCCUACGGGCGGACGAAGGCCAUGGUUGAGAACGUCAUCCAGGACGUGUGCCGCUCUGGGACCAUGGAGGCACCUCGCAAGGAGCCCCUCAAGGCUGUCUCUGUCCGCUACUUCAACCCCGCUGGUGCUCACCCCUCUGGCAAGUUGGGCGAGGAGCCUCGCGGCAAGCCCGGAAACCUCCUCCCCCUCCUUGCCCAGAUGGCUGUCGGCCGCGAGAAGUCUGAACUCAAGGUCUUCGGCAACGACUACCCCGGUUCGCCGGACGGGACGUGUGUGCGUGACUACCUGCACAUCAUGGACUUGGCGCAGGGCCACGUGCUUGCGCUGGACGCCAUCGCCGUGCCCGCCGACCAGCCUAACAUCUUUGACAAGUGCGACCCCCGCGCCGACGGCUUCUUCCGUGCCUUCAACCUUGGCCGUGGCAAGGGCCAGUCGGUUCUCACCAUGAUCGAGGCCAUGCGCAAGGCCACCGGCUUUGACUACAAGUACGAGAUUGUCGGUCGCCGCAUGGGUGACGUACCCGACCUGACCGCCGACCCCGCGCUCGCUGAGAAGGAGCUCGGCUUCCUUGCCAAGCGCGACCUCCCAGAGAUGUGCCGCGACCUCUGGAACUUCCAGACUAAGAACCCUAACGGAUACGAGCCCUCCGCCAACGCCGCCUAAACGGUGCUGAACCGUACUGGUCAGGGUGGUGGUGUGCUUGGAUUGCGGGGUGGAGGUGGGGGCGCUGGCGCACGCAGUCGCAUGGCGCGGCGCGAGCGGAUGGACAUGGUUUUUUUGUUAGACGGCGUCUUUGGCCUUUAAUCCUACUUUAUGCCACAUUAGGUCUCUGUG